AUGGCGACCCCCAGACUUCAUCCUCAUCAUUCCUUACCUGCCCCUGUGGUUCAUGCAACAUUUUCUCUCCCCCAGUCUAAAUCUCAUGUCUUGGCUGGCGUCCAGGACGCGUAUUGGAGCGACGAUGAAGCAGAAGAUGCGGAAUGCCCCCUCUGCCUUGAAGAAAUGGAUAUAUCCGAUCUCAAUUUUAAACCUUGCAUAUGCGGGUACCAGAUUUGUCGAUUCUGCUGGCACCAUAUCAAAGAGAAUUUGAACAAAAGGUGCCCUGCAUGUCGUCGAAUCUACACAGACGAUGCCGUCGAGUUUAAACCGAUUGCCACGCAAGACCAUAAACGUCUUACUCAGCAAAAGAAACAAAGGGAUCGCGAAAGGAAAGAUCUUGAGGCAUUGGGCAGGCGACAUCUUGCCAAUGUUCGAGUUGUUCAGAGGAAUGUUGUCUACGUUGUCGGUAUUGGUCCUCGCUUUGCAAAGGAAGAACUGAUUCCUACCCUACGCUCAAACGAAUACUUCGGUCAAUAUGGCAAAAUUACCAAGAUUUUGCUGGUAAAACGUAAUUCUCCUGGGGGUGGCGGGCCUGUUGUUGGUUUGUACAUCACAUAUCACCGGCGAGAAGAUGCCGCCCGUGCCAUAAGUGCCGUAGAUGGAACCCCAUCACCUGGUGGCGGUCGUGAAGUUAUGAGAGCCAGUUAUGGGACAACAAAGUAUUGCAUGGCCUUCCUUCGUGGAGUUACUUGCAGCGACCACAGCUGUAUGAAUCUCCACGAAUGGGGUGAUGAAAAAGACUGCUUUACAAAGGAGGACUUAACGACUUUAAAGCACACUAUGAAGGCUACGGAAAGUAGGAGUCGGACGGUCACAACAAAAAAGGGUGAAGAAGACGCUGGCCUACCUCGUGCUGCUUCAUGGGCACAAAAGGGAUCUAAUGUGGCCUCAUCCUCUACGGGAUCGAAUGUCAGUACGAUUACUUCUCUUGCAAAUACAGUUUCCGUCACGUCUCGGCAGACUCGACGGACUGGAACUAUGCGGCCCGUUCGUAGUGUUGCUAAUGCACCUACGCUUAUUCCGGAGUCCAAAGUAACCCAAUCAAAACCUGUACCUACCAAGGCCUCCCAACCUCCAGCAUCUCGCCCAUCUACACCUGCAACAGCCGAUCCUAUUCGUAUACAAAGUAGCAAUGAAGUAAAAGGAACUAAACAGCAGAAAGAUGCAACACCCGUAUCCCAAGUACCUGAAACUCCUUCACCAUCUCCUGCCAAUGCAUCGGAAACAGGUCCCGCUUCACAAGAACCAACCUCUUCAAUUCCUAAUAGACCACAGUCUACUGAUUCAUCUAACUCGACUACUGUGCGCCCACCAACCUCCAAGUUGACUAAUUCGUUACUGGCGCCGCCAGGUCUUCCAGUGCCACCUGGUUUACCGGUCCCUCACGGGCUAUCUGCUCCUCCAGGUAUCUCUACUCCAAGUAGGCCUCCUCGUGCAGAAACAGCAUCACCUCAAACACCAUUACUUGCGUCGCAAACUUCGUAUCAAAUGUCAACAGCAGCUAGGGCACUGCUCGAUGAUGUCAAGGCAAGGAGAGAAUCAGUGUUGCCACCAGGUUUGGGCUUUAGUCCUUUCCCAGACUUCGAUCGUACUUUGCAAACUUUGAGUGGCGAAGACGGUGGUUUUAGCUUCAAUUUUGAUCCCAAGUUAGCAGACGCAGUAGAGUCGGCUGAACAAACUGACUUUGGUGCUAUGCCUUUCCAUGGAUCCUUUAUUGACGCUUUCCCCGCCCUGCGCGCGGGUUCGCCAUUUAUGCGCUCUCCUUCCUCCGGUGUUUCGAAUAAUUUGAAUCAUCCGAUAUACGACCACUCGGCCUCUCGAACAGCUUCUGAUAAACAAAAUAUCAGAGGAACUAGUUAUCUUGGAUCAUUCAACCCUUUUUCAGAACUUUCGAUUGACGGAUCGUCGCCUGUGUCAUCAUCACCUUUACAACGACCCCAACACUCUCCUGUUGAGGAGGAACGCAAAGUUUCCCGCUUUGGAUUUGCUCGGGGCCGCCAGAGUUCAACGGCAACUUCUUCACCUUUGCAUUCGAUGUCUCCUCUAAGCUAUCACAAUGACAUACACCCUUUCGAACACCUCAAUGAAGAACACAAUGGUGGACAUGUUUGGCAUCCCGGUUUACAUGAUCUAAAUCUUGUGACUGUUCCUCAGGGGUUGGCGAUUCAAUCUCAGUCCGCUUUUGCGCAACAGCAUGAACCAUUACAACAUAUAAAUGGUGAUUUAAGCGAGGCACAGUUGCGAAGCUUUAUAUUGUCAAGUCAGGAUAAAGAGCAUAGUAUCAACAACGCAAGGAACACACUAGACUCUCAUCUGCAGUUUAAAUCUCAUCAGACAUUUGAAGAUCCUGCCAUCAUGUCUGCUAGUUUUGUUGCACCCAUGAACGAUCGCUUGUUUGCUUCCGCAGGAUAUGGGCCUCCUCCAGGACUUCCGGUUCCCCCUAGAUUGUCGCCCUCCCCAGCCAAAUUGCAACAAAUGGAUGGACGCAACAUCGGAACUCAUGCCUCUGCCAAUUCUUUCGCCCCUGUGAUAUUGUCUUCGGAGGACUUUCCAGCACUGACGCCGAGUACCUCUGAUCCGGUGUCCAACUUAAAUCCCCAACCUCACACCGAUCACAUUAUUGCCCCACAAUCUUCACUACCUCCGGUUCUAAGCACCAAAGAGCAGGAAAAGGUUGAAAGAAAGGCUGCAAAGAAGGCUGCCGCCGCCGAAAAGGCUCUCGAAAGGCAAAAGAUUGCAAACGAAAAGGCGGAAGCAAAAGCAGCGGAGAAAGCAAAAUUGGCAAAGGAAAAGGCGGCAGAGAAGGAGAGGGCAGUACAAUUACCUAAAUUGCAUCAAGUUGAUAAUCAAAAGGAAGACGAUGUGUCCUCCAUCGCUACUGACAAUCGUUCCAGCACCCCUACCACGCCAGUUGAAAAACCUAAGGCUGUUCGUCAGCAACAGUCGCUCGACAAACUUCCAUUGACCAGGCGUGCGAGCCAUAAAGGAUCGGAGGGUUCUUUGGCAGCAAAGCGCCAGGAAUUGGCGAAAUCUGCUAUGAGGAUUAGCGUUACAAAAUCAUUCGAGCCGCCAGUCCCUGACAUUCCUUCGCAAGACCCCAUUUUAUCGAAGAAACCGAAGAAGAACAAACCUGUUGUUAAAUUAGCGAAAACCCCCAAAGAGGAGGACACCCAAGAGGAACAGAGCCUGCCGAUUGCUACAGAUGCUUCUCGAGGACCUAGAAUACCAUUGGGUUCUUCCAAUUCCAGGUCUGAAUCGGUAGACAGGUCACAGGGCCCCACGUCUGUGCGAGAAUUAUUGGCACAAAUUGAUGCUACUAGCCCUGGAAUCGAUCUGGCUAGUAAUCCUUUCUUUGAUGUCCAGAGGCUCGUCUCUCCAGCCAGGAUGCCGCUUGAAUAUGGACCUCUAGUGCAUGCACUGUCUGCACUUUCGGUUGGAGGAGGGUCCUUCGCAAAUAACAUGCCCUCCGGGUCCAUUGACAAUGCAGUUUCAUCUUUCCAGCAACUGCUUGAGACUCUCACGCAAACUAUCUCUGACCUGCUACGACUUCUGCCUCGUACGACUUGGGACGAUAGUUCUUCUUUCGAUGGUGUCUUACGGGACAUGCUCAAAGGUGAUGACUUUCUUGACGAUGGAGAAGAUGGUCCUGGCCGAGAAGAUGAAGUUGCUGUACUCACUUUAGCCCUGGAACGUCGCGCGCGCUGGAUGGAAGUUCAAUUGUCGAAACUAGAAGAACUUCAUCGUGACAUCAAUACCGCCGCUGUUAGAGCUGUCUUAUCUUUCAAUGAUAAUGGUUGGGAUAAGCACUCUUUCUUGCCUCGGGUUGGGGAAACCUUGCUUCGUUUCGAUAAGGUUGGCACAAUCGAGGAAAACGGUCAAAUCCGGCCAAUGACAGCGGACGAGUUGGACAAGAAGCUAUUUGUAGCUAAAGAAGCCGCUGUUUUCGUCGAGACAGAAUUGCGCGAGACGAUGAAUAAGUUUCAAAACAUGACGAUACAUAAUCAAGAUAGUAUGUAG